UGUAUUCGUAGUAAUCGCCGGGAGGUUCGUGCUGAGGUGCUGCGUCCUUCCUUGAACUUGUAUGUGUACUCUGCAAGUGUAUGCGUGCGUGCAUAUGCGCUGUAGUACGUGUGUGUAUGGGUGGGUGCUACUGCAGGUACGCAGCCCCCUCGUUGACCAACUGCACUACUGCACUCCAACUUUUGUCUCAAGCAUACAUCAGGGGUAAUCUCCGUGCGUUGCUGCACGAAAAAAAAAAGGUUUUGUUGAUUCCAUCUCCCGAUCUGAUACUCGCUGCUCUUGCUUUUUCUCGCUUGGUGCUUCUGCACUCGAUGACCAUAUGGUAGGCC